AUGCUGCCUGAAACGCUCGCUCUGCCAGUGAGAGAGUGCCUCUCGCGCUACAGAUGGGGGACUGUCGCAUUCAUGAUACUUCUCAUCCUUUCCACGACCGCGACCUGCGCUCAUUGCACGACGGUUGAACACGAUCUCCACAUUGUCCACAAUGUCGACAACAGAAGCCCAGAGAUUGAUCCAUUCUGGUACGUGGGGCGCGGUGUCCGACCCAUCGGACGGUUCGGUAAGAGGCAGAGCGGCGGCAGCCUUCAGCCGGUUCUCAGUUCGCUCGAGCUUCUGCUCAGCACGCUCAGGAACAAGGAGAGCCUACGGAACACGCUCGCUCAAGACGAUACUGACUGGUUACCAUGA